GAAGAACAAGGGUGGCGGCGACGACGACAGAGAAAAAAAAAGGAGGGGGGGGGGGAAGCGGAAUCUCGCGAGAACCGGCGAGAGUCUCGAAUCCGGAGGUUUUUUGGCCCCGCCCACUGGUCCCUGUCGGCAGCGGCGGUGGCAAGAGUUCUCAAAUACCUUGUUUUAAUUAUGGACUGAACCAGCUCCAACCUGAUUUUAUUUAAAGGAAGGGAAAAAUACUGUCUUUGUUUAUUACAUUUCAUCAAUAGCUUGAGCCUCGAAGUGAUACUCUAUAACAACAGUGUAAAUGAGUCAGAAUGGAUCAGGAAGGUGGGGGUGACUUCCAGAAAACCCCUAACUUCCAGUGGAGAAACUACAAGCUCAUUGUUGACCCUGUGCUCAAGCGGGCCCCACAUAAGAUCUACCGCUAUGAUGGAGUGCAUUUCAGUGCCAGUGAUUCGGGCUAUGAGCCUGUUAAUGAAGUGCGGGAUCCCAGGCGCAGGAUAUGGUCUAAAACAAGAGACCUUUCCCUUCCUGUCCCAAAGUUUAAGCUGGAUGAGUUCUACGUGGGUCAGAUCCCUUUGAAGGAGGUCACCUUUGCUCGUCUCAAUGAUAACAUCAAGGAACCCUUUCUGGCGGAGAUGUGUAAAAAGUAUGGAGACAUUGAGGAGAUUGAAAUCCUCUACAAUCCGAAGAACCGCAAACAUCUGGGUCUUGCCAAGGUGCUCUUCACAAGCACGAGGGGGGCUAAGGAAACAGUCAAGAACCUGCACAACACGACAGUCAUGGGCAACAUCAUCCAUGCACAACUGGAUAUCAAAGGACAGCAACGAAUGAAGUAUUAUGAAUUGAUUGUGAAUGGUUCCUACACACCACAGACGGUUCCCACUGGGGGCAAAAUUUUGAAUGAGAAAUUUCCAGUAGACUCGUCUGAGUCACGAAGACGCCACUCAACUGAUUCCUCCUACCCUAGCAGCGUAAUGCCUUCAACGCCUGGUAAUGGUACCCCUUGCUCUCAGGACACUCCCUAUUCCAGUGGCCGGCAAGACACACCUUCUUCGUAUGGCCAGUACACGCCACAAUCUUCCCAAGGGACUCCAUAUACCCCCCGGGGAGGAACACCGUAUUCCCAAGAUUCUGCUUACUCUAGCAGGCAAGGAACACCAGGCUAUUCUACCUACCAGUCAGAGUCAACCUCCUACAAAUCCCGCCGACAUGAGAACAGCUUUUCAGACUCAUAUUCCCGCCGGCACUAUUCUUCAUCCUCCUCCUCUUCGUCAUCCUCAUCUUCAACCACUUCCUCCUCCUCUCAUUACCGCAGCAAUGACCAUCAUUACCCACCCUUUAGUCAACAGUUUGAUGGUGGCAGUGGCAGCGGCAGCAGCAACACUGUCUCAACCAGCAGUAGCCGGUACCAGCGCCUCUCAUCCACCUUGGAAGGCCGGUCAUCCUCCUCUUCCUCUUCCUCUUCGUCCUCCUCUUCCCAUCGCUCCCACCAAAGAGAGGACUCUAGUUUCCAUUCACGACAACGGGAACGCACCCAGAGGGAUGAUGCUACGCCUUCCUCUACCACAGUUACUGCUACUGCUGCCCCAACCUCCACUACAACUCCCUGUUCAUCUUCUUCAUCUGCAGCCACUGUCUCAGAUGCUGCUCAGUUCCAGAACUCUCAUAGUUUUGCUCAGCAGAGCACGGAGCUUUUCCCAGCACCCAGCGUUCUGUACCCAUCUUACGUGGCUACUCCAGAGCCCUUUCCUACACCUGCAGAAUCUCUUCCUGCAGAUCAGGACUACCGGCUACUCCCCACAGCUGAAACGUUUGCUGCCAACUCCCUGCCUCCUACAGAAUUUCUAGCUCAGGAAACUAAAGAGAACAUCAAUCCAGUACCGACAGCAGCUCUGGGAGUCAAUGACCAAUCCCAUUCUCCUGCUGGGCAGACCUCUCCGGCUCGAUCUGGCUCUCCAGUACCUGAGACUACGAAUGAGAGUGUUCCUUUUGCUCACCACAGCAGCUUGGACUCCCGCAUUGAGAUGCUGCUGAAGGAGCAAAGAUCGAAGUUCUCUUUCCUCAAUUCUGACACCGAGGAGGAAGAGGAAGAAAAGGGAGGUCCCAAGGGGGCGGAGCCGCACGGACCCUGCACUCCACCACCGCCUCUUCCAGUUAGCUUUGAAGAUGUUGUGCCAGCCUUGGACAUGGUGUCAGGAGCAGAGUCCCCCAAAGCCAAUGGGCAAGACAGGGCAUCGCAGCACUCAUCAGGUGAAGACAUGGAAAUCUCUGAUGAUGAAGCAGAAGUUGAGCCCCCAACCCCCGUGACUGGCGUGCCGGAGCCCCAUUUUUCCAUGAUGCCAUCGGCCCUGGGCCACAUGCCAAUGGGCAUGUCCUCUUUUACUCCCCAUCACCAGCCGGAGCUGCCUCCCACCUACCCCAUACAGCCUCUCAUGUCUGUCUCUCUCCCACACCUAGCAGGGAAAUCCCAUCAGUUACCCAACUACAACCAGGUUGGGCCACGGCAUGCUCACCGCUUGUCAGAUUUCAGAGGGCGGGGAGGCAUGGUGGGGGGAGGCCGAGGUGCCCCCCACAUCUAUGACUUUGUCAACUCGAUGGAGCUGAUGAAUCGCCUUGGCAACCAGUGGGGCGGGAUGCCCAUGUCUUUUCAGAUGCAGACUCAGAUGCUGAGCCGCCUGCAACAAAUGCGUCAAAGUAAAGGCCAGUUUGAGGACCCUUUCUCCUAUCACCGGGAGGCAGCGGCUUUUUGUGGCCAGCCCCUCUAUGGCCAUGGCUACCUAAUGGACCAGGGCAACCACCAUUUCCAGAGAGACCAACUGUUCAUGCAACAGCAGUCAGUGGUAGGAGGGUCAGAACAGCAGCAACAACCACAGCAUUCCUCAGAUCAGCCGCCUCUGCCACCUCCACAGCCACUCCUUGAUUUCCGGGGCACCCCAUGGGGAUACCAAGAGGAAGUACCUCUGCCCCCACCCCUCCCCAAAGACCCUCAUUCCUCUGUAGUGGACAGUGUGCUUGAGACAUUGAUGCAGGAGAUGAAGAGCAUCAUGCAACGUGACCUCAACCGCAAAAUGGUGGAAAAUGUGGCUUUCAGCACCUUUGACAAGUGGUGGGAGCGUAAGGAAGAGAAGGUUAAGCCUUUCCAGAGUGCUGUCAAGCAGCCAGCCAAGGAAGAAGAGAAAGACAAAACCAAACUGAAAGAACCGGCCUUACUGUCUCUGGUUGACUGGGCCAAGAGUGGUGGUACUGGUGGCCUGGAAGGUUUUGGCUUUGGUGGCGGCUUUCGAGGAGUGUUGGGGCUCCCAUCCUUCAAGGUGAAAAGGAAAGAGCCCUCUGAAAUCUCAGAGGGUAGUGAAGUGAAGCAGCCACGCCCUUCUACUCCCAUCGAAGAGGAUGAAGAUGAUAAAGAGUCCUCACAGAUUCACAAGCCUUCCAAGAGGGAUGACGAACGGAUCAAAGGGACAGGAAAACGUCGAAAACUUUUCUGCUUAGACAGUGAAGGGGAAGAAGCAUCAGAUGACUCCUCUUCUGAAAAGGAGGAGGAAGAAGAGCAGAGAAGGCAGAAAAAUGAAGCUUCCAGGGAACAAAGUGCAAAGGCAUCUGAAGAUGAUGGUGAGAGUGACAGCUCCUCAAAGUGUUCUCUUUAUGAAGACUCUGAUGAGGACGGCGACAGUACAUCUGAUUCGGAGAGCAGUUCUUCCUCCUCAUCUUCCUUGUCAUCUUCGUCAUCUUCCUCUGAUGAAGAGGAAGAGGAGGAGGAGGAAGAAGCUGAGAGCAUGGAAGAAAUGGAUGGAUCUGCAAUGAACAGCUGCCCAAGUGAGUCAACGAGAAGUACAGAGGAAGUAGAACAGCAAGCAACUAAUGCUGAGAUGGACAAAAAGAAGCCAGAAGCAGCUCUACUUCAAGGUCUUGUGGCAGAAGAGAAGCCUGCUCCCCAGGAGGAUAGCAUGCAGAUUCCACUACCAGAAGAGAAGGAUGUUGGAACAGCACUGGAAGAGCGGCCCAGGCCAGAAGAACGGCCUUCUUCACCCAUCCCACUUCUGCCACCACCCAAGAAACGGCGAAAAACAGUCUCCUUUUCUGCUCCUGGUGAGGAGGAUGAAACCAAGGGAGCUUUGGAGAAGCCACCUGAACUGGCACAUCCAGCUCUUCUCCCCGCACCACUCCCUCCUAUUCCCUCUACCCCCACAGAUGAAGCACAAUCCCCGCUAGUGCCUGUGGAACCCAUGCUACCACCCCAAGUGUCCUUAUCUUCUGAUGCCCCAGCUACAGUUGCGUGUUCCCUGCCCCCUGUAACGUUCCCCGUUAAGCCAGCGCCUGCGGCCGGCCGCAAGCGGGAGUCCCCAAAAGCCAGCCAAAGAACAAUCAGCAACCUGCCAGCAGACCAUGCUUCUAUGGUGAAAUGUUGGUCAGAAGAGCUGGCGUCUCCUGGCCGGUCGCGGAACCGCUCUCGUUCCCGGUAUUCAGACCACCUUCGGGUCCCCCCGCCCCCUGAAGAAAAAGGCCUUCAGGUACGCGAACAAAUGGGCGCCUCCUCAUUGCUAGAGCUAGCCAAUCAACCCCACCGGGCAAUGCUGGCUCUUAAGAGGCCUGCUGGUGCCAGAGGAGACGACUCUGAGGAGACUGAGAUCUCCGAUGAGACUGAGGAAUCCAAGGCAGCGGUGCCACCUCCUCCCACCUUGUCUCUUGAAGCCAGCAGUAUCCUAAUGGAACAUAAUUAUGCCAUGGCUGUCCGUGCUGCCCCAGCAGCUGCCUCUCGCAAGGCAGAUGAGGCGUCUAUUGAUCUGUUGCGAGUGGAUUUGUAUAAUGAGCAGAUGGGUGAGAUUCUGGAGGCUCCUGAGGAGGUGGUGGCUGAUGCCACUGAGAUCAAAACUGAGCCUGAAUUAAGUGACCUGGUUGCAUUGCCCCUUCCACCUCCCCUGCCCACGGAGAAACCGAAAGCCACUGUCCGAGAACAGCAGCAGUCCCAAACCAAGAAGGCACAUCCUAACUGGCUCAAAGAGGAAGCAUUAAUAAAGGACCCAGGGCUGUUACCUUUUGGGCCGGAGGACCUCUUUCCUUCAGACAGUGAAGAGGAGGAGGAGGAUGAGGAGGAGGAAGAUGAGGAGGAAGAAAGUGCUGACAGCAGCGAUGAGGGGGAGAUUCGCAGGAGAUCCCUGCGUUCCCAUUCGCACAAGUAUGCCCCAGCCAAGCCACCUCCUCCACCUCCUGUCUUUGAGACACGCAGUGAGUUUGAGCAAAUGACCAUCUUGUAUGACAUCUGGAACUCAGGGCUAGACUUGGAGGACAUGAAGUACCUGCGGUUGACUUAUGAGCGCCUGCUGCAUGAGGACAACAGCACGGAUUGGCUGAAUGACACCCAUUGGGUCCACCACACCAUCACAAACAUUGCAAACCCAAAACGAAAGCGGAAGUCGUCAGAUCUGCGGGAGCAUCAAACAGGCUGUGCCCGUAGCGAGGGCUAUUAUCACAUCAGCAAGAAGGAAAAGGACAAGUACCUUGAUGUGUGCCCAGCCACCGUACAGCAACUGGAUGCUCCUGAUACACAGGGCACCAAUCGCAUCUUGUCUGAACGGAGGUCUGAGCAAAGGCGCCUUCUUAGUGCCAUCGGAUCUUUUGCCAUCCUUGAUAGUGAUCUUCUGAAACUUAACCAAUUGAAGUUCCGGAAGAAGAAGCUACGGUUUGGCCGGAGCCGAAUUCAUGAAUGGGGCCUCUUUGCGAUGGAGCCAAUUGCUGCUGACGAAAUGGUCAUUGAGUAUGUGGGUCAGAACAUCAGGCAGGUUGUGGCUGAUAUGCGUGAGAAGCGAUAUGCCCAGCAAGGCAUUGGAAGCAGUUAUCUUUUCCGUGUGGACCAUGACACAAUCAUCGAUGCCACCAAAUGUGGAAACCUAGCCCGUUUCAUCAACCACUGCUGCACGCCCAACUGCUAUGCCAAAGUCAUCACCAUUGAAUCCCAGAAGAAGAUUGUCAUCUACUCCAAGCAGCCCAUCAGCAUCAAUGAGGAGAUCACUUACGACUACAAGUUCCCAAUCGAAGAGAACAAGAUUCCCUGCCUGUGCGGCACAGAGAAUUGCCGGGGCACCCUGAACUGAGAGACAUAACCAUAGAAUUCAUAUUUAUUUUGUUUCCCCGCCCCAUCUCUCUUUACGACCACCAUCGUGUCACCAUGUAGCUCAUCUCAUCUCCCCACAGAGCUGUGGUGGGAAAACUCUCAGUCACCCUAAGACCUGUCCAGGUACCUUUUAAACUUCCUAAUUCAUGAGAAAGCACUUCCUGCUCCUCAGUUUCUAAUCAAUGAGAAACUCCUUUGCCUUCUUGGCAGUCAGCUGGCAACAUGCCUUUAAUGUUGCUGUGAUUUUUUUCAAUCCUUUUUAAAUUCAGCUCCUCCUUGAGAAAAUCAUUUAUUUAACAAAAAGUAUGUAGGUUCAGAUCUUUGGCAGAAAGGAAAUAUAUCUCCCUCUUCACGAAAACUUCCCUCUUCAAAACUAAACAACAUCAUCUUAGCUCUGAAAACAGCUUGGCGAGUGCUCUUCUAAAUAUCCAUAGAUCAAUAGAACUCAAAAGGAAAACUUUUUAACAAUGCCAAUCUUAAAAGUUUCCCCUUGAGUGGAAACUUCCUUGUGAUCAAGACUUCGACGUGGCUUCUUGAGGCAGAGCAUCGCUUAAUGCCAGAAGUUGUCAGAGUUAAGAAGUACCCCAACCAAUGUUUGAAAUAUUAAAGCCACUGAGUAUUUUAUCCUUUUCUUCCAUUUCCAAAUGUUAAAUUAGGGUGUGGUGGUGUCUGGGAGGGAGAGUCUGUGCUCAUUCAUAUCUCUUCAUGAGCAAUCCUUUCUCCAGAGCCUGAGUCUGGAAUGAGACACUGUUAAUCAAUGGAGCCAGAAUGUCCUUGGAGUUUCACGCCGCAGCAUCAUUAGUCUGUAUUUGUCAUCAUGAGCCAAAAUGCGAACCAUUUUGUUUUAGAUUCCUCUCCAUCUAUUCUUACAAGCACUUGAGGCCACAGCAUUAGAGAUCCUAAAACAAUUGGGUUGUGUCAUUCAUGCUGUAACCGCCCUGACCUUCUCUCCUCUUGUUCUAUUCUGUAACAUUUAGCAAGAAGUAGGGGGAAGCAUCUCUCGUAAUAGUGAAGGGAGGGGGGUUGAAUUUCUUUCCCUGCUACACUUAACAGCUUCAGCCAGGCUGACUUGCAGUGUAAGCUAAUACCUUCCCACCCCACCCCACCCCCUAAUAAUUUUUCUUUAGGAGAAGAAAGUUGUGUAUAUAUCUAUUCCAGAUGGAUUGGCUGUUUCUUGUAGAAACACAUGCAUUUAUUGAUAUGUAAAUAUUUUAAUUGUUUUUUGUUUUUGUUUUCCACUUCAUACUAAAAAGAAAACUGUAAAUAAUGUUACAAUGUGUUUCCUUCUCCUGUUCUUAUUCCCACUUACAAUGUGGCACCCUUUUAUUUUUUCUCCUGGGAAAGAGCAUACAUCCUUUUGAAUGAUGCAUUGGAGGGGAUCGGAAAAAUGGUUUUUCAUCCGAGUCAGUUUUGAAAGACAGAAGGCUUUAAACAAGGCAUUUGGAAAUAUUUUAGGAACCUUUUAAAAAAAAAUCUGUCAGCAUUCUAUUUGUUGUGUAUGUUGCUAUUCCAAGUAUUUAUUGAAGUGGGCCAUUCCAUUUGAGAGCACUUUUUCUUUGGUACGAGUUUCCCUCGAAUCCAUGUGGUUUCCUUAUAUUUCUCUGUCCCAAAGGCUCAUGAAGCACUGAGAGAAAGCCUUUCAGAGAAUUCCCCAUUAUGUGCUACAUGCAAUUAUUAGUCCCAACCACAGUAGAUCCAUUGAAUCAAUAGGACACACAUCACUUUGACUAAACUAGUCUCAUUAAUCCACUUCGUCCAUUCCAGUUAGGACAAUGGGUUGGAUUUAGUGCUCUGCCUGCAAAUGUAGGUUUUCCAAUGAUGUUUGAAUUACAGGGAGAUUUCGGGAAUAGAUGCAAAGGGACUGGAUAGCCAUCUUCUUGCUGCCAUUCUGCUGAACCUCUCCUCCAGACAGGCAACUGUUUCAAUUUUAUUUCUCAAUUUCCAUUCAUCAGAUUGGGGGCGGGGGGGGGGGGGGGCAGAAGGUCAGUAGGUUUUGCAGUCUUACCAGAAGUAGAAAAUUGAUUUUCUGUGAUAGGGAAAUCAUGUGGUCUUCCAAGUGUUGGACAAUUGCAGUUCCCAUCAUCCCUGACUAGACUAGCCUUUACUGAAGGGUGAUUAAGAGUUGCAGUCCAGCGGCAUAAGGAGAGAUACCCAUUUUCCAUCCCUUCUUUAUGAGAUGUUGUCUUUGGUUAAUCUCACAAGGUGUGAGAUGGUAGAACCACUGAUUCAAAUUCCACGUUUCAGAGGGAGGAAUGGAAUAUUACAUUGUCAGGUAUGGUUUGUCACCUACAUUCUUGCUGAAUAAGGUGGACACGGUACAUUUGUAGGGAGAAAGGUUGGUGGGAUGACACAUUUAAUGAACCCCUUACCCACUGCUGCUCCUUCCUCACCCAAGCAAUCCUUCCAGCUUCUCUGCAGCUAGGAUCCAGGAGCGGCUUAAGCCCAUCCAAGAACAACUCCAGAAGGAAGCAGCUCAAGAUGAAAACUUAAGCCUCUCUUGCCCUCCACCACUUUACCCUUGAAAGUGUUUCCUUCCUAUUCCUACUCUCUAUGUUAUUUAGCAAAUCUUCGUGAAGACCAGGGUGUGAUGAUGGUGUCAUCCCAACUUUCUUCCAAUAUACUGAAGGCUGCGUAAGAUCUAGUAAGUGUCAUCUUUCAUUUGGCUCUGUUUUUCCCAUGUUACUUUCUUGUUUUGCCUGUUGUCUUAACAGAUGGCUUUAAAGUCAUCACUGUUUCCUGCCCUUCAUUCAAUGAGGGUUGUGAAUUUGAACCCCAGCGGUAUCUUGGCAUUUUAUUAUUGGAUGUUUGCCACCCCCCAAUUCCUGUCUAUGAAAUAAGAUUCAUAAGUAGCCUGUUCUUGAGGAGUUGUGAUGAAACCUCCAUCUAGAGUUAGGAAGUACUCCUUCCAAAACUAGAAGCUGGCUUAAAUCUUAUGCUUUGAAAAGCUCCAACAGAAUUUAUUGAGUGGAGGUUUUUUGGAGAGUUAGAAAUUAUAUCUUGCAAUUACAAGAAGUGAGAAGCAAAACACUUGUAAGAGACAUGCUGAAGGCUGUAACUUUGGUGGCUCAUCACGUGUGGUUUUGUGUUUGGCAGAGCCUUGCAUAACUCUCCUCCACCCUUUUCCACUCUCCACGUUUCCACAACUUCCUUUCUGUUUUCAGUGUCUUAGCAACUGGUGAAAUGGUAAAGCUAGAACAGCGGCGAUGUAUUUUUUACCUGCUUUUAUGGGCACAUGCAUAAACAAAGACAGUAGAUUGCUGCCUUGUGGUUUCAUUUUGAAGUGUUUUUAAAAGGACUCCUUAUUCUGUUUUUGAGUGCUUAGGCUUGCCCACCUUUCUUUCUGUCAGAGUCAAACAGCUAUUCCAUCCCUUUCAUUUUCUAGAGAUAAAAUACUUUACUCAGCUUCAUGUGGAUUAAGGCAGGAAAAUGCCCUCCCCUUGCCUUGUCGGUUUGUCAUUUUCAGGUGCCGGUUUUCCUCAGCUCAGGUUAAUAUUCACAUGCUCCACACAUACAUGUGUCCUACAUGAGCUAAUUGAGAAUAUAUCUAGGUGCCAGUGAUAACAAACAGCAUGCAUUAGGCAGUCUCUUUUUCCUCUCUCAAGGCCCUGCUUAUGCGGAAGAAAUAUUGGCUUGCCUUUGAUGUGUUCUCCCAACUCAAAUCAUUUCUAUAUUUAAAAUUUUAAUCGCCUCUUCCCGUCUGUUCUUAGCUUUUAAUAUUUUGUUUCAUUGUAGCUGUGGUUUUUUUUUUAAGGAAGUCUACCUCUUUCCCUAUCUGUGCAGAUAUGCUUUUAAUCCUUAAUGGUGCAGAUCCUCAGAUUUGUUUUUUCAUCUUUGGAUAUCUAUAUUCCCUUUAAUUAUUUUCCCAGAUGUGCAUUUUUUCCAUUUCAAAUUAUUUUCACUCAUUAGCAAAAUGUAUUCUUGCCACCUAGCAAAUUAGACAACAGGAUAUGGUUGAAGUCUUUAUACAAGGUCUCCCAAGGGUUUAAAAAAUUCAAAUCCAACAGGUCGGGAUCCGGAAAUUAAAGUCUCUAUUUUUGCAAGACUCUCUCCAGGUUUACAUUUCAACAGCUCUUCCGAUUAAGAUUUACAUAUUCGGAAAAUAGUACUUGCAGCUCUCUUUGCUUGCUUACUUGCUAACUGUAUAAACCAUUAGCCACAUUUCAGUCAUUUAAUUAGCGUUUUUUAAAGAUUCCUGCUAGAUUCUGAAUUUUAUGUGAAACAGGUCAGAAUAGAUUUAGCUUAUAGUCAGUUUAAUAUUGCCAUGUGAAUUACAAUUAAGUACAGUACAUUUGCAGAGGAAAAGAGAUAAGAGAUUCAAUCAUUAAUUGGAUGCAUUGCUCAGUAGCAAGCUUUUGAAAAACGGAGUCAAUCCUGGAAGAUUGGCACAGCACCAUUUCAGUCUUCUAUUUUUAAUGGAGUUUUUUUUUGCUGCUGAAAGCAUGUGUGGUUUGACAUCAUUUUGAACUCCAGUAUUUUUAUGAGAGAUUUGGGUUACUUUUCAAACAUGCCAUCCCAUGUUUGAGGCUUGUGACUUACCUGUAAGAUAGAACCAAAGAAUAAAUAUUAUGUACAUUUUGUGUUUUUUAAACAAGUGGUAGUGUUUUGUGGUGUUUAUGCUAACAAUUCUUUAGUCUGGUCCAAUUAGUAGGUCUUGAUGUAUCUUCAUUUUUUCUUACGUCUCGCAAGGAAGAUUCCUAUUAAAUGUCAUGUUUUUGGCAAGGACUUGUUUGUCUCUUCCAGGUGCAAGUUAAAUCCAUUUCUCUUCUGUUGAUCAAGCUAAUUCCUCUGAUGGAUCAUGUAACCAUCAAACCCUUAAUCUUCUCAAGAGACAUGAUAUCCUCAGCAUCUGGUUAUAAGUCAUGUACACUUUUCAGUUUAUUUUCUUCUCCUUUCUCAUAUUUACGAGAUUUUGGUUGCUCUUUACAUCUAGAAGGAAAGGGAAAAAGUGCUUCUCAACUUGGCUGUAUCCAAGUCAACCGUGUCCCUCCUGACCACACGAACAGGAAAGUCAUGUUGCUUAAAACAACAAUUAAACCUCUCCAAAGGAUUCCAGAUGCCUUUAACCCAAAAAUAUAAAGUUCCUUAGAUCUUUCAGAACUGACUCCUCUAUUUGCCAGCUUGUAAAGCUGAAGUGUUUCUGAAUGACCCAUCCACUUCUGUCUCUACUUGCAUUUUCUCCUUUGUACAUAUAUGUAAAAAAGGUAUAUAUAUACAAAAAUUAUCUCUAUACCAAGGAGGGUGAUGGACUUCUCAACCUUCCCUUGUAGCAGUGGCAGCUCGCCGAGAGUUUUAAGUGUUCAAUGCUGAUGUGGGAAUGAUCAAACAUGGAUGGAUGAACCCCCGUUUUCCCUUCUCUCCCUCUUAACCUGGAUUGGAUGCUUGUCCUCAACUGUGUAUAUCUACUUUUCUGUCUAUAUAAAUAUUAUAUAUAUAGAUAUAUAUAAAUAUAAAUAUAUUUUCAUUUGAUCUUAAUGGCUUCUUACCUGUAAAUAUGUUAAUAAUUUGUGGAUUCAUUACUUGGUGCCAGAUAGCACAUUUUUAUAAAAGUCAUUAAACUUUUAUUGUACAAAAAAACAAAAGAUUGGGAAUGAUCUUCAUCAUUUCUAUGCUUGGGGUACAUAGCAGUUCUGAACGGUGUUCCCCCUUCGUUGAAACUUAAUUUGAAUGUACUAAAUCACUCCACUUAUCUGUGUCUAUCAUCUGUUUAUUGAAUUUAUAUCCUCCCUUUCUUCCUCAAAUGGGCCUAUAUUUAUAGCUUACUUCCAAAAGGAACUUCACUUCUAUCUGAAGUCAGUGAAUUCCACCCAAACUAACACAUAUGAGAAACUGCAAUAGUAUUUAGGCAGUUUUGAUACGUUUUCUGUCUGUGUAAAUCAAUUCCCUCCAUUUGCAUAUAUUAUGUACUUGCAUCGUUUUAUUUUCAAGGAAUGUGAAAUAUUUUGGCAAAAGAAAAAAAGAGGAAAAUGUCAUGGAGACUGGACUAUAAAGAGUAAUGUAUUUUUC